UAAUGCAUUUACACAUGGACUUAUCCUUAUAGAGGCCACUGCAUUGCCCUUCAAAUCUCCUCCACCCAAUUCAUCAUCCAAACCCAAUGAAAUAGAGCACAAAACCAUAUACUUUUUAAGAUUUCCUCACCUCAUCUCAUUCCUUCUUCACCAAACCAUCCAUCAAAUAACAUUUCCUCACCUCUUCAUUUUCCAAAACCCAUGGCUGCCGUAACUGCUGCAGUCUCCUUUCCUUCUACCAACUCCACCUCUUUUACUACUCGAACCUCUAUCAUCUCUCCUGAAAGAAUCACAUUCAAGAAGGUUUCUUUUUACUACCGGGAUGUUUCAAGUGGAGGGAGAGUGGUUUCAGUGCGAGCCCAGGUUACAACUGAAGCUCCUGCUAAAGUUGUAAAGGAAUCCAAGAAAAAUGAUGAAGGUGUUGUGGUUAACAAGUUCAAGCCAAAGGAACCUUACAUUGGCAGGUGCCUUCUAAAUACUAAGAUCACCGGUGAUGAUGCUCCUGGAGAGACAUGGCACAUGGUCUUCAGCACUGAGGGAGAGGUUCCUUACAGAGAAGGACAAUCCAUUGGAGUGAUUCCAGAUGGCGUUGACAAGAAUGGGAAACCUCAUAAACUGAGAUUAUACUCCAUUGCUAGCAGUGCUCUUGGUGACUUUGGGGACUCCAGAACUGUAUCCCUAUGUGUGAAACGUCUUGUAUACACCAACGAGAAAGGAGAACUUGUUAAAGGAGUCUGCUCAAAUUUCUUAUGUGACAUGAAACCUGGGGCAGAAGUUAAAAUCACAGGACCUAUUGGAAAGGAAAUGCUUAUGCCAAAAGAUCCCGAUGCCACAAUCAUCAUGCUUGCUACAGGAACUGGUAUCGCUCCCUUUCGAUCAUUUUUAUGGAAAAUGUUCUUUGAAAGGCAUGAAGAUUACAAGUUCAAUGGUUUGGCAUGGCUGUUCCUCGGUGUUCCUACAAGUAGCUCAUUGUUGUACAAGGAGGAAUUUGAGAAAAUGAAGGAGACGUAUCCAGACAACUUCAGGCUGGACUUUGCUGUGAGCAGAGAACAAACAAAUGAGAAAGGAGAAAAGAUGUACAUUCAGACCCGAAUGGCUGAAUAUGCAAAAGAGCUAUGGGAAUUGCUGAAGAAAGAUAACACCUUUGUUUACAUGUGUGGGUUGAAAGGAAUGGAGAAGGGAAUUGAUGACAUAAUGGUCUCACUUGCUGCAGCAGAUGGUAUUGAUUGGAUUGAAUACAAAAGGCAGUUGAAGAAAUCUGAGCAAUGGAAUGUGGAAGUCUACUGAUUGUGGAUUAUGUAGUACAAACCAAACCGCAAUUCUUCCUCUCUCUUUUUUUAUUUUUCUGAGCAGCCAGCCACAGUCCAACAAUGAUUUCCAAUGCAUUGUGUAGAUAGGGGGAGUGUGUGAGUGUGUGUGUUGGUAUUUUUAAUUUUUAUUUUAUAACCAAACCUCACAAAUCUUAAUCUCGAGGAGUAAUAAAUGAAACUUCAAUUUCCCCUUA